AUGGACCGACCACGGCGGUCAACGCGGGCGCCAGUCAAGGCUCCGCAGUUACUAGCAGGAAACUCUGACGAAGAGCCCACCAGACGCGCAUCGAAGCGCAAGGCCCCCAGCAGUCCAACGGCGAAAGCACCAGGAACAGCCAAAUCUGGAGGAGCACCAAAACCUGUGGCAAAAGCAAAAGCACCAGUUGACCCCGAAGCGCAGCUCAAGAUGCUACUCACGAGCCCCAAGAGUGACCUCGUUAGCCUCGACAUGAGUGACCUCAUCAACGCCCAGACAUGGGAUAUGCUCUCAGAGGCGGCACGUGUUGAGCUGCAGGCCCUCCUUCCUCCGACAGCGUUCAUUGGGUUCAAGGAGACGCUGGGCGUCGAUCAUCCUUUGCUGCAGCCCUUAGAUGGAGAACGGCCGUUAGAGCAUCCUCCGCCAACUUCAAAUGGCACGAAACCAGAAGCCGAAGAUAUACCGCAAGCGGCGUUGCAAAUUGGCAACGUCGAGCCAGAGAAACCUCCUGCAAGCCCAAACGCGAUGGAAGUCGACCCUCCUUCAUCUUCAGAGCCUCAACCUACAAAUGCCCAAUCUGUCCCUCUCAAGACCCUCUCACCAACUUUCUUCACUGAUCCACACCUCCUUGCCGCUUUACGUACCUUCCAGGACCACCUUUAUCUCGGUUGGUUCACAGAAGCACAUGUAGAACGUGUGCAAAAAUUCGAAGAAGGAAUCCGAGACGGCAAACUGGCGGCGCUGUGGAAGGACGAGGUGUGGGAGCGCGAACAUGGGGUACCUCUGCCUCCGAGAGAGCAGGAGAGUGGGAAGGAGCAAGCGAAGGUCGGGCAGGAAGAGAAUGGCGCAACAGCAAACGAGGUGGUGGCUGAAGGAGCAGCCAAUGGGCUGGUUGCCAACGGGACGAAUGCCCUUGUGGCUGCGGGUAGCAAGGGUUCGUUCAGCAUCCCGUGCGAGUCGAAUGCACGGGCUGGAGGCGCGAGUGAGGUCAAGCUGUCUGUCCUCGUCAAGAAGGGCGUUAUCCGUGUCGGCGAUGUCAUCGCGUAUCGGCGUUCGUUUGCGACUUCUGAGCUUGUGGAGAAGGAUUGCGUUGUCCAAUCGAUCGACAAGAAAGCCUUCACUCUGACCGUCAUCACCAUCCCAGGUCGGACGCGCAACCUACCCGCCGAGCUCCUCAUGCCCUCCUCCCUCCAACCCUCAGGCAAACCACCGUCCAAGAAAACGCCAACUUCUUCUGCUAAACCGCCCUCCCAAGCCGCCUCCUCCCAACCAACGACAGGCACUACCUCUCUUGGCACACCCACUCUGGUCCUAACGUUCCUCUCGCCUACGCAGCUCGAGACAGCCCUCCUCGACGCAGACGCCCAGAUCGAAAGGUCUCGUCGGCCAAAUGGGAAUGCGUGGAAGAGUUUUUCGGUCUGGAGGUGGCGCGUGCCUGGUGUGCCGUUUGGUGAAGAGGAAGACGAAAGUGCGGGUGAGGCGGCGUAUAACCCUGAUGAUGCGAGAGGCGGGAGGGAGAACCAUGGGACGUUGUUCUAUCUGAGGGGGAGUUAUUAUCAUGAUCGGUAG